UACAGCUGAAAAAGAAGAAGAAGAAUGAUGACGACGCCGAAGAUAAUGUGUUUCCGGGUCGGGUUGGGUUGGAUGACGUUCCUCUGGGAGAGUUUCGCCGUUUUCCAGCUGCUGUCUGAUUAAACACGCCGACGAGAAAAAGAAAAUCCUACUGUAUUUGGCCUGCAGAGGACCUUAUUUCUUGUUGCUGUCCUGUCCAAGCAGUCAAGCACGAGUGGCUGCGUGCUGCAGUCUUCGCCUGUCAGCUGACCUGCUGACUUGCUGAGCGUGCUCAGAAGCGGGGGGGUUUGUCUUUAACGCACAGGAUCAGUUCAGACCGCCAUCAUGGUGUUAGCCGACCUGGGGAGGAAGAUCACCUCGGCGCUGAGAUCACUCAGCAACGCCACCAUCAUCAAUGAAGAGGUCUUAAAUGCCAUGUUGAAGGAGGUCUGUGCUGCUCUGCUGGAGGCUGAUGUCAACAUCAAACUGGUCAAACAGCUGAGAGAGAAUGUAAAGUCUGCCAUAGAUCUGGAGGAGAUGGCCUCAGGUCUGAACAAGAGGAGGAUGAUCCAACACGCUGUCUUCAAAGAGCUUGUCAAGCUGGUGGACCCCGGCGUGAAGGCCUGGACCCCCACAAAAGGAAAGAACAACGUCAUCAUGUUUGUGGGUCUUCAGGGCAGCGGGAAAACUACAACUUGCUCCAAGCUCGCUUAUUAUUACCAGAGAAAAGGCUGGAAGACCUGCCUCAUCUGUGCCGACACUUUCAGAGCCGGUGCUUUCGACCAGCUGAAACAGAACGCCACCAAAGCCAGAAUCCCCUUCUACGGCAGUUACACAGAGAUGGAUCCGGUGGUUAUCGCCGCGGAGGGUGUUGAGAAGUUCAAAGCUGAGAACUUUGAGAUCAUCAUCGUGGACACGAGUGGGCGACACAAACAGGAAGACUCACUUUUCGAGGAGAUGCUGCAAGUCUCCAAUGCUGUGCAACCAGACAACAUUGUGUACGUGAUGGACGCAUCGAUCGGUCAGGCCUGCGAGUCGCAGGCGAAAGCCUUUAAAGACAAAGUGGAUGUGGCAUCGGUGAUCGUCACUAAACUGGAUGGACACGCCAAAGGAGGAGGAGCUCUGAGCGCUGUGGCAGCCACCAGGAGUCCCAUCAUCUUCAUCGGAACAGGAGAACACAUUGACGACUUCGAGCCAUUUAAGACUCAGCCGUUCAUCAGCAAACUGCUUGGAAUGGGAGACAUUGAGGGUUUGAUUGACAGAGUGAACGAGCUGAAGCUGGACGACAACGAGGAGCUAAUCGACAAGCUGAAACACGGUCAGUUCACCCUCAGAGACAUGUACGAGCAGUUCCAGAACAUCAUGAAAAUGGGCCCGUUCGGACAGAUUAUGGGGAUGAUACCUGGUUUCGGUACAGACUUCAUGAGUAAGGGAAACGAGCAGGAAUCAAUGGCCAGACUGAAGAAACUGAUGACCAUCAUGGACAGCAUGAAUGACCAGGAACUUGACAGCAAAGACGGUGCUAAACUGUUCAGUAAGCAGCCCAACAGGAUCCAGCGGGUGGCUCGGGGUUCCGGAGUUGCCACCAGAGACGUCCAGGAGCUGCUGACUCAGUACACCAAGUUCGCCCAGAUGGUCAAGAAGAUGGGCGGCAUUAAAGGACUCUUUAAAGGAGGAGACAUGUCAAAGAACGUCAACCCGUCUCAGAUGGCCAAGCUAAACCAGCAGAUGGCCAAAAUGAUGGAUCCCCGAGUCCUGCACCACAUGGGUGGUAUGGCAGGUCUUCAAUCGAUGAUGCGUCAGUUCCAGCAGGGAGCCGCCGGUAACAUGAAAGGCAUGAUGGGAUUCAACAACAUGUGACCGCCGACCAACCAGCUGCCUUAGAACAAGAAAAACUUCAAACGAAAGCUCUGCAUCCUGACAGAUGGAGAUGGGUGGGGCUUUAAGAGAGCGAGGGAGCAGGAAGUGUAGAGACAAAAUAAAAGCAGGAAGUGUGGAUUUUUGUUUUGUCCUCUGCGGCUUUUCACAGGAAAAUAAAGAUUUCUGCUUUUAGAAGAACACCAGAAAACUGAUCAUUUAAAGGAGCAGUUCAUCACUAUAGGAAGGUUUGUCUUCUGUUUUCUUCACCCGAAAUAUUUGACUGAUUCUUUAAAUGAUGAAGAGGGGCUGUGAGGAAGAUGAACUGGUUGUUUUUGGUUGUCCUUAAUUUAAUUCUGUAUGUUUGUGUAUAAGAAUCAGAUAGAGUGGGCCGCCUGUCCUGAUUGGAUGAGAUGACAUCAUGUGAUGAUGAUGAUGAUAACAUUAGUUAGUGACAAUAUUUUGUCAUAUAAUAAACAUUUGUAUUACAACAUUUUAAA